AUGAACCUGUCGAGGGUCCCACCCCUUGCCGCCUCUCCAGCGCUACUUACCCUGUCAUCUACCACCUUGAAUUCAUAUCAAGUCGUUGCGCCUCCCAAUGCUACGCAGCUAAAGUAUGCUCAGAACUUCUUCACUGCUGCUUCUCCAGUCCUACUGUUUACUGCUGCCCGUUUCCGCUCUUUCCCGCAGUCAUCGCAUCCUGAAGUAGCUUUCAUCGGCCGCUCCAACGUCGGCAAGUCCUCAUUGCUGAACGCGCUAUUCGGUCGGACAAGUAUCAAGGAUGCUCAUGUCUCCAAACGCCCGGGACGAACCCGAACUAUGAACGGCUUUGGUGUUACCGGCGGCCUUGUGCAAGGGGCAGCGCCUAAAGAAGGUCAGCGGGAAGCAGCGUGGAAGCGCUUUCCGAGAGGUGGCUGUGUCGUGGUGGACAUGCCGGGGUACGGCAGUGGGUCACGCGAGGAGUGGGGCGAGGAAGCGAUGAAGUUCCUUGAGAACAGAAAGCAGCUGCGAAGGACUUUCGUGAUGAUCGAUGCGGAGCAUGGGCUUAAGGCUACUGAUGUACAGCUCUUGUCUCACCUGAGGCGACAAGGCAUCAGUCACCAAAUCGUACUCAGCAAGGUCGACAAGCUCAUGUAUUCCGGCGCGAAAGCACCCGGCCCUCGGAAGUUGAGCAAUUCUUUGCUCAAGCUGCAGGAUCUUUGCGGCAGCAUACGACAGGGGCUGGACCGUGAAGUUGGUGAUGGCCGAAAGGCUGCGCUCGACAUACUUUGUUGCAGCGCAGAGAGGAGCGUUGACGAUGCCAACCGGCACCGCAAGCUCGGCGUGGACGAGGUGCGAUGGGCUGUGCUGAAUGCAUGUGGCCUGGAAUACGUACGCAUACUGGACGACGACGAGGGACUACAAAGCGACCUUCAACCGCCUAAAGUGGACUUUAACCCGUUCUCCGUCCCACCUCCUACACAACGGUCAGUGGCAUCACGAGAGCACACAACUUAA